CAGUCGCAGGCUCAGCUUUUUCUGACUCCUCACUAAUUUCACCCCCCCCCCCCAGUUAAGUCUUUCUGAUCUACCUCUCCUUCUAAAACCUACCCCCAUCCUCUCUUCCCUAACCCACCCCAGCAAGCAAAAAAAAAGACAGCUUUUGCAGCCCCUUCCACCUUCGCUUGGGAGACCAGACAGAUUCCAAUGGCUGAGAGUAGGAGAAUCUGGGAUAAGGAGGAUGACUUGCCGGUCUAUUUGGCCCGGCCGGGUACAUCAGCUCAGAUCCCCCGGCAGAAAUACGGGGGGAUGUUCUGCUCGGUGGAAGGAGCGUACGAGAGCAAGACCUUAGACUUCGACGCCUUGAGUGUUGGCCGCCGGAGUUCGCGGAGCGCCAGCGGCGCUAGCAGAAGUCAGGGGUCCCGGGACAACGCUGAGACUCCAGGCGAUGCGGUCAGGGAGAGUCCGCAGGCGACCGAGAGGGGACCCGGGGUCCAGAUCAUCACGUCGAACGACAAAGAGAGGCUUCAGAACCAGAGUGACCCGCAGAGUGACCGAUUGCUGAUCAAGGGAGGCCGCGUUGUCAACGAUGACCAGUCUUUUUAUGCUGACCUCUACAUGGAAGAUGGUCUUAUCAAACAAAUCGGUGACAAUCUGAUUGUCCCUGGAGGUGUGAAGAUCAUCGAGGCUCACGGAAAGAUGGUUAUUCCUGGCGGGAUUGAUGUGCACACUCGAUUCCAGAUGCCCUACAAGGGGACCACCACCGCUGAUGACUUUCUUCAGGGAACAAAGGCAGCUUUGGCAGGCGGCACCACGAUGAUAAUUGACCAUGUGGUUCCUGAGCCUGAGAGCAGUGUCCUCGGUGCCUAUGAGAAAUGGCGGGAGUGGGCGGACAGCAAAUCGUGCUGCGAUUACGCACUGCACGUGGAUAUCACCGACUGGAAUGAGGGUGUGAAAGAAGAACUCCAGACUCUUGUGAAAGAGAAAGGUGUGAACUCCUUCCUUGUCUACAUGGCUUACAAAGAUUUAUAUCAGAUGUCCAAUGCUGAGCUCUAUGAUAUCUGCAAGUAUGUGGGAGACCUUGGAGGAAUAAUGCAAGUCCACGCGGAGAACGGAGAUAUCAUUGCCCAGGAACAGAAACGCUUGCUGGAGAUGGGGAUCAGCGGUCCAGAGGGCCACGUACUCAGCCGACCAGAGGAGUUGGAGGCAGAAGCCGUAUUCCGUGCUAUCACAGUCGCUGGUCAGACCAACUGUCCUCUCUAUGUCACAAAAGUAAUGAGUAAGGCUGCAGCAGACAUAAUAGCCCAAGCCAAGAAAAAAGGUAACGUGGUGUUUGGAGAGCCUAUCACUGCCAGUCUCGGCACGGAUGGCACGCAUUAUUGGAGCAAAAACUGGGCCAAAGCUGCAGCUUUUGUGACUUCACCACCUCUCAGUCCGGACCCCACUACCCCUGACCACCUGAUCUCACUCUUAGCGAGUGGUGACUUGCAAGUGGCAGGAAGUGCUCACUGCACAUUUAGCACAGCACAGAAGGCGAUCGGAAAAGAUGAUUUCACUCAGAUUCCUGAGGGCACGAAUGGAGCAGAGGAGCGGAUGUCCAUCAUCUGGGACAAAGCAGUGGCAACCGGUAAAAUGGACGAGAACAUGUUUGUGGCCGUGACAAGCACCAAUGCCGCCAAAAUCUUCAACCUGUACCCGCGGAAAGGCAGAGUGGCUGUGGGCUCCGACAGCGACUUGGUCAUCUGGGACCCAGACGCAGUGAAGACAGUGUCUGCCAAAACCCACCAAUCGGCUGUGGAGUACAACAUCUUUGAAGGAACAGAGUUGUGUGGAGCUCCUGUUGUCGUCAUCAGUCAGGGCAAGAUUGUGCUGGAAGAUGGGAACCUCCAUGUCACUCCGGGAAGCGGCCGCUUUAUUCCCUGCAAGCCUUUUGCAGACUUUGUACACAAGCGCAUCAAGGCACGAAAGCAGAUGGCACAAGUGCGUGGUGUACCCAGGGGAAUGUAUGACGGCCCAGUGUAUGAUCUAGGAACCCCCAAAGCAGGAACCCCUUCAGCCUCGGCCAAGACAUCUCCUAGCAAACAGCCCCAACCUGUUCGAAAUCUACACCAGUCUGGUUUCAGCCUUUCAGGGGCACAAGUGGACGACGGCCCUCGACGCAGUGGUCACCGCAUCGUAGCGCCUCCUGGUGGACGCUCAAACAUCACCUCACUCAGCUGAAGCUCAUGACAGGGAAAAAAGAGAGGGGCGGGGGGAGAGAAGGAAGAAAUUGUGCUGUAAUGAUGACGUCUUGCAAAGAAAAGCAAAAUAAAAGAUAAUUGUGUUUGUCCUGCAAAAAACAAAAGAAAUAAAUGGUCACUCUGGAUUGAAUAUAAACAGUGCCUCAAGCCUUAUUGAUGAGAUAUGUUACUUUGUCAUGGCUUUUAAGAAUGUCUUGUUUUCAUUUAUUUAGCCUUAAGCUGUCACAGUUUACAAGUUAAUAGUGGGGAUGCAGAGAUUACAGUGCUUCUGUUCAUUUAUUUUCACAUCGUGCCCCACCCUGACCACCUCUCCAAUCAUCCCGGCUGACCAUCAUUUGACCAUUUUGGCAAUGGAACCUCUCUAGGCUCCACUUCUGAUUUAAAUCUUGCGUUUUCCACAUGGUUUUGAGUCUUGAGUUAAGAGUGUAGUGCUGGAAAAGUGCAGCAGGCCAGGCAGCACCCAAGGAGCAGAAAAAUCGACGUUUCAGGCAUAAGGCAUGAGGCUGAUUCCUGAUGAAGAGCUUAUGCCUGAAAUGUCGAUUUUCCUGCUGCCUCACGGACUGUGCUUUUCCAGCACCAUACUCUUGACUCUAAUCUCUAGCAUUUGCAGUCAUCACUGACUCCUAGUUUUGAGGCUUGCCCACUUCACCUGACCAAGGGGCAGUGCUCCGGAAGCUUGUGAUUCCAAAUAAACCUGUUGGACUCUAACCUGGUGUCUUCUGACCUUGUCCGCACCCCAGCCCAACACCGGCACCUCCACAUCAUCAACUCUAGUUUUGUGAGUGUCCGAGUAGUGACUGUGUUGGGGAAGGUAGUCAGGGUUUACACUGCUCUGUGUUUCCCAUUCACUAAGAUUUUUGACAUCACCUUAUUGUAAGGUGUCAAAUUUAAUUAACCACACCUGUAAAGGAGUCGACUUCUCCCUCUACAAUUUGAAGAUGUGUCUUUUGUCAGUGUCAUUGAAUUUUGUGACGCCUAUUGGAGAAAUCUUUGCUUUCCCAGUCUCUUGUCAAGUCAAUUUUGCUGUAAAUCAGGUCAGGUACAACGCCGAGCCUCUCCUGGUUGUCAGACUAUAGUGCAGCUCUAUUGUCUGCACACAAGAGGUCAGGUCUCGCAAGCUCUUUCCAACUUGAAGACAGCUAGCUCUCUUGCCCCAACUGACCCUCGUAACUCCACGACUGCACACCCCACCGGCAGCACCGUGGCUCAGUGGUUAGCACUGCUGUCUCACAGCGCUAGGGACCCAAGUUCGAUUCCACCCUCGGGUGACUGUGUGGAGUUUGCACCUUCUCCCCAUGUCUGAGUGGGUUUCCUCUGGGUGCUCCAGUUUCCUCCCACAGUCCAAAGGUGUGCAGGUUAGGUGAGUUGGCCAUGCUGAAUUACCCAUAGCAUUCAGGGAUGUGUAGGUUAGGUGCAUUAGUCAUGGGAAAUGUAGAGUAAUAGAAUGGGUCUGGGUGGUUCACUCUUCAGAGGGUCGGUGUGGACUUGUUGAGCUGAAUUGCCUGUUUCCACAUUGUAAUGAGUCUAUGAUUUUUUUUGCUCUUCUGAGGGAGCGUUCAUGAGAAAUUAGUGAAGCUUAUUCAGUUUAUAGGUCACCACAACUUUCUGUGAAUUAUAGAAUCUCUACUGCGUGGCAGCUGGUCAUUCGGCCCACACUGACCCUCCGACGGGCAUCCCAGCCAGACCCAGUUGCACCUCUAUAACCCUACAUUUCCCAUGGCUAACCCCCCUAGCCUGCAUAUCCCUGGACACUACAGGAUCAUUGAACGUGGCCAAUCCACCUAAACCUACAUAUCUUUGGACUAUGGGAGGAUGCGCACAGAGACAAUGAGGGAGAACGUGCACACAGUUGCCCGAGACUGGAAUCGAAUCUGGGCCUCUGACACUGUGAGGCAACAAUGCUAACUACUGAGCCACUGUGCCUGUGCCCAGUGCCUGUACCCAUCCUUCCAGUAAGUGUGUUCUGUCACUGGCUGAACGACACUGUACGUCAACAGCUACAGGGCUCUGUAAAGCCAGCAAGAAAUAGCCGUGUUCCCUGACACGAAGCCAGAAGGAAGUGAAUACAGUGGGACAUUCCAAUAACUUUACAAUAACAUGUCUUCUCAGGUUUUGCUUCUUUCAUACGAUUGAGCCCAAAGUGCCCGUUGCAGUUAGUGGCAGGCGUAAAGGAAAUGAGGCAGAUUAUCAACUGGAAUCUCAACCGAAGUCAGCAGAGCUCAGAAGGACUUUGUCAAAGUAAAAGUUGUUUUGUCGUUUAAGGGAUUGAUUCAAGGUUCCCUCCUUGAUUCUGCUAAUGAAGGUUUAUAACAAAGUCUGUCAAACUACUCAAUUUUGUCAACCAUGGAGGUUGGAAAGCCUGACUUUAAAUGUCCAGUUCGUGCAAAGUCAUUUACCUCAGCUGCCCGUGAAUUAGUGUACUUUGAUGACCCUGAACUGUGUUGAUUUUGGAAGGUGGCCUCCCCGGAUCCCAGCACUAAUUACCCAGUUACCUGAUUCCAUCUGACAAUUGACAAUUGGGUGAGAUCAGAAUUGGCUUUGAUUGUGAAGACCCACGUGGUCAAACGCUCACUGUCUAGAUUUGUGCAGCAAGUUGGGCUGUUAUCCUGUCUAGAGGGAGUAUGAGGUGGCGGAUGCAGAAUCAUAAAAAAGAAAGAAAUUGGUUGAUUCAUGGGCUGAUCUCCCCAGUCCGCCCCCGAACAAAGUUACAAUUUUAUUUUGGUAAAUUCUUGGCUCUUUGUCAAGUGCACUGUAAUCGAUGCAUCCUCUUACAAGGACAGUAGCCUUGAUGUGUAUUCAUGUUAAACCUUGUGCAUGAUGCUGAAUCUUGUAGGAAUUGGCUCGUCAAGUCAUACAUUGCAUUACUUCGUAGACUUAAAGUGCUUUUACACUUUUUAUUUGCUGCUUGUUUGGAUGUGUGUGUGUGUAUAUCUGCACACACACACACAUACACACACACGCACAUACUACCUCGCAAUAUCACCCAAUUUAAACGCUAACCAUGAGGUAUUCCAUCGAGUGUGUUAAUAUUCCCAAUGAUCCUUUCCUCAGCAAGGACUCUGUACUAUUUUUAAUGAUUAUAUUUUAUACAGCCUUAAUACAGUACAAAAGCAGCAGAUUGUGUUUUGUUUUUUAAUUGUCCGGAUUAUUCCACAUUGCGCCAAUGGGAUGUUUAGUAAUGAUAUGACGAGGGAGCCCUUAAACAAAAUGCUUCCAGUACUUCUGUGUUGUUGGGGGGAAAGCGGGGACGCUGUAUAGUCAGAACUUGUAGCCAGCUUCAAUGAUAAACAUCAAGAGUCAAUCCUGUAUGCGCAACUCAGUCCCACACCGUUACACAGCCAGGAUGCAGUAAUUAAAUGAAGGAUGUGUCUCUUACUGCCUACAAAUACCCCUUCCAUUUUAAAUUGUGUUAAAAAUCGCACAACACCAGGUUAUAGCCCAACAGGUUUAUUUGGAAGCACUAGCUUUCAAAGUGCUGCUCCUCCUUAGCUGCCUGAUGAAGGAGCAUCGCUCCGAAAGCUAGUGCUUCCAAUUAAACCUGUUGGACUAUAACCUGGUGUUGUGUGAUUUUUAACUUUGUUUCUCCACAUCAUGGCUACCAUUGACACUUUAAGUGAUGAGUAUGUCAGAGAAUGGAAAAAAAACAUUGUUGGCAUAAUGAUUUGUUCUCCUUUAGUUACCUCACAAGGCAAGCAUGGACAGAUAGAGUCCACUCACAGGGUCAUACAGCAUGGAAACAGACCCUUCAGUCCAACCAGUUUAUACUGAAAGUAAUCCCAAACUAAACUAGUCCCACCUGCCUGCUCCUGGCCCAUAUCCCUCCAAACCUUUCUAUUUGUAUACUUACCCAAAUGUCCUUUAAAUAUUGGAACUGUACCCACAUCUACCACUUUCUCAGGAAAUUCAUUCCACACAGAAACCACCCUCUGGGUAAAAAGGUCACCCCUAAUGCCUUUUUUAAAUCUCUCUCCUCCUACCUUAUAAAUGUGACCCCUCGUCUCGAAAUCCCCCAUCCUACGGAAAAGACAACUACCAUUAACUGUACCCACACCCCUCAUCAUUUUAUAAACUUUUAUAAGGUCGCCUCUCAACCACCUACGCUCUGGUGAAAAAGGUCCCAGCCUAUCCAGCCUUCCCUCAUAACUCAAACCUUCCAUACCCGGCAACAUCCUGGUAAAUCUCUUCCGAGCCCUCUCCAGCUUAAUAAUGUCUUUCCUCUAACUGGGAAACCUGAACUGGAUAAAGUACUCCAGAAGAUGCCUCAGCAAUAUCCUCCCUUGUAGGAUUUGAGGUAAUGCCCUGAUAAAAUAGCUCCCUAAACAACGCUGCUCUUUUUUUCCAUCUCCCAAGCAUUUGCUGAACAGAUCACAGUCACCGUAUGAAUUGGCACCAUCCAUCAAUUUAAACAUAUACUCUCCGUUUGUGUGCCCUCAGAAUUUUCCCAAGGUCAAGGCAAUAUCAGGAAUGAGAUUUAUUAUAGGUAAUGAGUAAUUGGUUACAAACCCAAUUAAAUACAGGAACAGGUGUCCACCAUUUUGUUUUGAGACAAUAUAUUUUAAUGCUUGAUUUUAAAUUAGUGACAGUUGCUGUAGGCUAUGGUUGGAAUAGCGUGUGUCACAGAGAGUUUGAUGAUCUAUGCUUUGGAAUUAAACACAAUCUCUUCUUUCACAAACUGGAGGAAGGAACAUAACUGGAUGACUGAAACAAAUAAUUGGGACAAUUGUUUUUCUAUAUUGGCCUUCAGGUCUCAAAAUGGCUGCCACUGGCUGUCCACCAUUUUGUCUCAUCCGUGAAGCUCAGUAAUACAAGGGGCUUGUCCCUUUAUCAUGUGUUUUGUCAAUGGGAUAAGUGAUAAAGGGCUUUCAAAAUACUGAACUGUUUGCUUUCUUCUAUUUUUGUGGAUGAUUGGCAUUAUAGAGAGCCUCAGGACAGUAUAAUUCAACCAAGGACUUGAAAUUAUCUGGUCAAUGGGUUGGGGGGAGGUGUGCGCAAAGGGUGAUGUUUGACCCACUGCUCUGGGACGGACUGGGUAUGUUGCUCACAUUGGUUCAGUUGAAAUGAUUAAAGAAAAAUCUAAAAUCUUUCUGCGGUUUGAGGUUUCAACAGCUGACUACUUUUUGAUUUUCGUUUUCUUCCCAAAAAUAAAUGACUGAUUGAGGAAGGUGUACGGGCAACAUUUACCAAGGUGAUUGAUGUUUAGAAAUUGUUUCUUGUAUUUAAUUAUGUUUGUAUCUACAGUACGUGUCUCAGACUAAUAAAUUUAUGCAGAUAUGGCUAGCCAAGAA